AUGCAACAACCCGAGGAAGGUGUGACGGCUGCCGAGGAGGUGGUGGUGGACCCUCAACUCACGGAGAAAACUACCGACAAGCGCAAUUCCGAUUUUGCUUCUACGUCAACGGCAAAGGAACAUGAGACCAAAGCUCCAGUCUUGACAGACGAAGAUGUGCUCUAUGGUCAUCUGUCACAGCAUGAAAAGGACAUCCUCAAGCGACAGCUAGAUGCGCCUCCCGUCAAAACAUCCUUCUUCGGCCUCUAUCGCUAUGCCUCCCGCAUGGACAUGCUCAUCAUCCUGGUCAGCACCCUCUGCGCCAUUGCUGCCGGUGCCGCAUUGCCUCUCUUCACUAUCCUCUUUGGCUCCUUAGCAACAGCUUUCCAAAAGAUCAUGCUCAACACCAUCCCCUACAACGAAUUCUACCACCAGUUGACCAGCAGCGUGUUGUACUUCGUCUACCUCGGCAUUGGUGAGUUCGUCACGGUCUACAUCAGCACCGUCGGCUUCAUCUACACCGGAGAGCACGUCAGGCAGAAGAUUCGGGAGCACUACCUCAAAGCCAUCCUUCGCCAGAACAUCGCCUACUUCGACAAGCUCGGUGCAGGUGAAGUGACCUCCCGUAUCACGGCCGACACCAACCUCAUUCAGGAUGGCGUCUCCGAAAAGGUCGGCUUGACCUUGACUGCCAUCUACACGUUCGUGACUGCCUUCGUGGUGGGUUACAUCAAGUAUGCCCGCUUGGCCGGUAUCUGUACUUCGACUAUUGUCGCUCUGGUCGUGAUUAUGGGCGGAGGCUCCAAGUUCAUCAUCAAGUACAGCAAGCUUUCCCUGGAAAGCUAUGGUGCCGGUGGUACCGUAGCCGAGGAAGUCAUCAGCUCGAUCCGCAAUGCGACCGCCUUCGGUACUCAGGACAAGCUGGCGAAGCAGUACGAGGCUCAUUUGGUCCGCGCUGAGCGCUGGGGCAUGCGCCUGCAAAUGGCUCUCGGCGUGAUGGUUGGUGGCAUAUUUGGAAUCAUGUUCAUGAACUACGGUCUUGGAUUCUGGAUGGGCUCCCGAUUUUUGGUGGAAGGCAAGGUCGAUAUUGGACAUGUCGUGACUAUUUUGAUGGCUAUCCUCAUCGCAUCUUUUAGCUUGGGUAGCGUUAGCCCGAACGGCCAGGCCUUUACCAAUGCUGUGGCCGCCGCUGCCAAGAUCUUGGCGACUAUCGACCGUCAAUCCCCGCUAGACCCGACAUCUGAUGAAGGCAUCAUCCUUGACCACGUCGAGGGUCAGAUCGAGUUCCGCAACGUGAAACACAUCUAUCCCUCCUGCCCCGAAGUUACAGUCAUGCAGGACGUUUCCCUUGCUAUGCCUGCCAGUAAGACCACCGCAUUGGUUGGCGCUUCAGGCUCUGGCAAGAGUACUGUGGUCGGUCUGGUCGAGCGGUUCUAUCUACCCGUUGGUGACUCUCAACCUGUGAUGGCUGCGCCAACAGUCUCUCUAGUCAGCCAGGAACCUAUUCUGUUUGGCACCACUAUCUACCACAACAUCCGCUACGGUCUGAUUGGAACACGCUUCGAGCACGAGUCCGGGGAAACGAUCAAAGAACUCGUUGAGAAUGCCACUAAGAUGGCCAACGCUCACGAGUUUAUUACUGUCCUUCCGGAAGGAUACGAAACCAAUGUUGGGCAGCGUGGAUUCUUGCUAUCUGGAGGCCAGAAGCAACGUAUUGCUAUCGCACGUGCUGUCGUCGGCGACCCCAAGAUUCUCCUACUCGAUGAAGCCACUUCCGCCCUGGAUACCAAGUCCGAGGGCGUCGUCCAGGCAGCGCUUGACCGUGCUGCUGAGGGCCGCACUACCAUCGUCAUUGCCCAUCGACUGUCGACCAUCAAGACUGCGCAUAAUAUUGUCGUCUUUGUCAACGGCUCCACUGUCCAGCAGGGCACCCAUGACGACCUCACUGAACAUGACGGCCCUUACUUCAAGCUCGUCGAAGCCCAGCGCAUCAACGAGGAGAAGGACGCCGGUGCUCUGGACGAAGAUAAGGAUGAACACGGCAUCGGGCACAUGGCCAAGUGCCACAUCGCACGCGUCAAGUCUAUUGCCAGUGGUUCGACCCUUGUCAAAGAUAAAGCCAAAGAGUUCCAGGACGACAUCGACGUCCGGCGCCAGGAGUCUCGCAAGUCCGUGUCCAGCGUUGUUCUCUCGAAGAGGACCGCCGAAGGCGGCAACAAGUACUCCCUCUGGGCUCUGAUCAAGUUCAUCGCCUCGUUCAACAAGGAAGAGCGGCUAUUUAUGGCCGUCGGUCUUUGCUUUUCGAUUCUCGCCGGUUGUGGUCAGCCUACUCAGGUUUUCCUGUACGCCAAAGCUAUCAGUGCACUGUCCUUGCCAAAAUCCCAAUACGACAAGCUUAGAUCGGAUGCCAACUUUUGGUCUCUGAUGUUCUUUGUUGUUGGAAUCGCUCAAUUCAUCACUUUUUCCAUACACGGUAUCGCCUUCGCGUUUAGUUCCGAGAGAUUGAUCCACAAGGCCCGCAAGAAGGCCUUCCGCGUCAUGCUCCGCCAGGAUAUCAACUUCUUCGAUCGCGAGGAGAACAGCAUCGGCGCUUUGACUUCUUUCCUCUCGACUGAGACUAAGCACUUGUCUGGUAUCAGUGGACAGACCCUUGGCACAAUUCGGAUGACCUGCACAACUCUCAUCGCUGCAAUUGUGAUCUCUCUCGCUUUCGGAUGGAAGCUUGCCCUUGUUUGUAUCUCCGUCGUUCCCGUUCUUCUGGCUUGCGGCUUCUACCGCUUCUAUAUGCUCGCCGAAUUCCAGUCACGUUCCAAGGCUGCCUAUGAGGGAUCUGCCAACUACGCCUGUGAGGCCACGUCUGCCAUUCGCACUGUGGCUUCGCUUACCCGUGAGACCGAUGUUUGGUCAGUCUACCACGCCCAACUCGACCUCCAGGGCCGCACAAGCUUGUUGUCGGUUACCAAGUCGUCGAUCUUGUAUGCAUCUUCCCAGGCCUUGAUCUUCUUCUGUGUCGCCCUUGGCUUCUGGUAUGGUGGAACCCUGCUCGGCCACCACGAGUACGAUAUCUUCCGCUUUUUCGUGUGCUUUAGUGAAAUUCUGUUCGGUGCCCAGUCCGCAGGAACUGUGUUCUCUUUCUCCCCGGACAUAGGCAAGGCGAAGAACGCCGCCGCCGAGUUCCUUAAGCGUUUCGAGCGUCGCCCCACUAUUCACACCAGGUCCAAAGAGGGCGAGAACUUGGAUCACUGCGAUGGAACCAUUGAGUUCAAGGACGUGCACUUCCGCUACCCCACCCGUCUCGAGCAACCCGUGCUCCGCGGUCUGAACCUCACCGUCAAGCCCGGCCAGUAUAUUGCGCUGCUCGGACCUAGCGGAUGCGGCAAAAGUACCGCUAUUGCCCUUCUCGAGCGUUUCUAUGAUGUCCACUUCGGCGGCGUCUACGUUGAUAACAAGAACAUCGCCGACCUCAACGUCAACUCCUACCGCAGCCACCUGGCGCUAGUCAGCGAGGAGCCGACUCUGUACCAGGGUACCAUCAAGGAGAACGUCCUGUUGGGUAGCCCCAACGACGACCCCACCGAAGAAGAGCUCGUCAAGGCCUGCAAGGACGGCAACAUCUACGACUUCAUCAUGUCUCUCCCCGAUGGCUUCAACACCGUCGUCAGAAACAAGGGAGGUAUGUUGUCCGGCGGCCAGAAGCAGCGUGUUGCCAUCGCCCGUGCCCUCCUCCGCAACCCUAAGAUCCUGCUCCUGGACGAAGCCACCUCGUCCUUGGACUCUGAGUCCGAGAAGGUCGUCCAGGCUGCCCUGGACGCUGCCGCCCGUGGUCGUACCACUAUCGCCGUGGCUCACCGUCUCAGCACAAUCCAGAAGGCUGAUAUCAUCUAUGUCUUCGACCAAGGCAGGAUUGUCGAGAGCGGUACCCACACCGAGCUCCUGCGCACCAAGGGCCGCUAUUAUGAACUGGUUAACCUCCAGUCUCUUGGCAAGUCCAACUGA